UUCGAAGGUAAUUAGCCAUCACUUAUAUGGAACAUCCAAAACCUGUGUCUGUGACGUAGUUCAAGAGUGAGCUACCAUUACUACCGUUAUUGACCACCAAUUCCUUUCAAUUGUCUUCUGUUUCAAUGGAGCUCGCAUUCUCUCCUUCGUCUUCUCUUAAAAUUUCAGCUGUAACCUCUCAUUGCAGCCCUUCUUCUCAUCGCCAUCAAACAAAGGUGCCCAUUAAGCUUACAAGCAAGUCUCCAUCAGAUUCCUUUUACAAAUGCUCUCAAAUUUUUCUUUCAACUGGAUUUUACACUAACAACAGCCAAUCAAAACUUGCACCAAAGAGAAGUUUUAGGCGUAAUUCCAUCUGGGCAUGCAGUAAAGUUGGAGCUGCUGGAUCUGAUCCAAUACUAAAGAAAAUCUCAGAUUUCAAAGAUGCAUGCUGGAGAUUUCUAAGGCCUCAUACGAUACGUGGAACCGCUCUUGGAUCCACUGCUUUGGUGGCAAGAGCAUUAAUUGAAAACUCAAACCUGAUAAGGUGGUCACUGCUGUUGAAGGCAUUCUCUGGCCUUUUUGCUCUGAUAUGUGGGAAUGGUUACAUAGUUGGCAUCAAUCAGAUCUAUGAUAUUGGAAUUGACAAGGUUAACAAACCUUAUUUACCUAUAGCUGCAGGGGAUCUUUCAGUUCAAACUGCAUGGUUGCUGGUGAUAUUUUUUGCAGUGGCUGGAAUCCUGAUUGUUGGACUAAACUUUGGUCCAUUCAUCACUUCGCUUUACUGCCUCGGUCUUUUCCUGGGUACCAUAUAUUCCGUUCCUCCAUUUAGAAUGAAGAGAUUUGCUGUUGUGGCAUUUCUUAUAAUUGCUACGGUGCGUGGUUUUCUUCUCAACUUUGGAGUAUAUCAUGCCACAAGAGCUGCCCUUGGACUUCCAUUUGAGUGGAGCUCACCCGUGGCAUUCAUCACAAUCUUCGUAACAUUGUUUGCACUUGUUAUAGCCAUAACAAAAGAUCUUCCAGAUGUAGAGGGGGAUCGCAAAUACAAAAUAUCAACUCUAGCAACAAAUCUUGGAGUUAGAAACAUUGCAUUUCUUGGCACUGGGCUUUUGCUGUUGAAUUAUAUUGGUGCUGUAUGGGCGGCAAUUUACAUGCCUCAGGCUUUCAGGCGUAGCCUAAUGAUACCUGCACAUACAAUCCUGGCAGCAUGCCUGAUAUUCCAGGCAUGGUUGUUGGAACGAGCAAAUUACACAAAGGAAGCAAUCUCAGCUUUCUAUCAGUUUAUAUGGAACCUCUUUUAUGCUGAAUAUGUCAUCUUUCCUUUUAUUUAGCUGAGGAUUGUUUAAGUAUUUUUUCCUGAGCAGAGAGAGAAGAGUUGAAUCUGUAUAUUUUCCUUUGGAAAUAAAUAUUUGUUAUAGCAUGCAACAAGCUAUAAACACAAUGUUGUAUAAAUCCUCUUCUUGAUAGUUAAAAGAAACAAGAAACAUCAUAUCGUCAUACAAAAA